AUGUACCCAGUCUUACCCACUUAUAAUAUGAACAGCACGAUGGACGCGCCGCUCCAUUCCGCGGAUCACGAUGGCUCUACAGCACGACCCGAAUCGACUGUCGCGCGUACCCAAGAGGAAGUUGACGCCGAGAUCCAUAGACUACAGCUGGCCAUGAAUCAAUUGCGUGCCGAACGCAACAUGUUCUCCCCCGUCUCGCGCCUGCCUCCCGAGCUCCUGGCUCAGAUAUUCCUUCGACUCGUCGACCUCACCGCCGGGCCGGACAUUCCUCCUAUGAAGCGCAACCGCGCUGCCUGGCUCGUCGUCAUCCGCGUCUGCAGACAAUGGCGAUAUGCAGCGGUCGACUUCCCGGCGCUCUGGAGCAUCCCUGAUCUCGGCAGCGUGGCUCGGGCUCGGGAGAUGAUUCAGCGCUCCAAGGCGAGCUUGCUUACUAUCGAAGCAUUCACCUCGACGGCCAUUCGCUCACCGCUGCGCACGAAAACCAACCCCAUCUUCGAAUCCCUGAACUAUGCUCUCCGCUACAUGGAUCGUGUCGAGGUGCUCGAGCUCACCCUGGACGGCCAUAGUCUGAGGGAUACGAUCGAGAGGUUACGCUCUUCAUCUGCAGCCAACCUUCGGCGGAUCGCUAUCACUGGCGGCAAAACCCAUCAUGUUACGAACGCAGGGCACGUAAUAAACCGCCAAGUCCCCCUGCCGAAGGAUCUGUUGAGGAACAAGGCGCCGAACCUACAGGUCGCGAGGAUGUCUCACAUUGACAUGCGCUGGACAAUCGGGGUGUGGGCGAAUCUACGGACGCUCGAAGUGCGGGAGGUCUCAGUCCUCGGCCGGCCAGUCAUGCAACGCUGGCUGGGCGCGUUGGCUGCCAUGAAGAACUUGGAGACGCUUAUCCUGCAGAACUGCACACCACGAUACGAGGGUGAUACGCCGUUCUGCAUCGAUCCUGAGGGACGGCUCACGACCUACCCGAAACUCAAGACCUUUUGGUUCUUGGCGCCCGCCAACGAGAUUGCUUUCACCUUGAGCAACAUGUCUCUCCCUGCUCUCGAGCAGCUGUCCGUGAACGCGCUCAGCAUGGCUAGCCGAGAGGAGUACAACAACUUCAUCAAGGCAGUUGCUCCCCACACGCACAGUUCCGGGCUCGGCACCUUCCAUGCUGUAUCGCUCACAAGCGGUCGUCUGAACAACCUCAUGGGUUUCCAACUCGUUGGCCACUCCAGCACUAUCCUUGAGGGCGUGGACGUCACAGCCGCAGAAAACCCAUCGAAGUUGCUCGAGAGCAACCGGGAUGCCGGCCUGCGCAUGACCGUCACUGCGGCACGGCCGUUCGUCAUCGAUGCUGCCUGUCUCGCCCACGCCCUUAGCGCUCUGCCGUUGACCGAAGCAGAGCUGCUCUCCAUCAAGCGGCUCCCGCGCCUUGGCUCAUCUGAGCAGACGCUGGCGUCAGCCUUCAAGUCUUGGACGCGUCUGCGCACGCUACAGCUUACCCAUGGCGACGCGUGGUCUUGGUUCGCCGGCGCACUGCUGAACAACGCGACGAAGCAGCUGCGAUCGGCGGAGGGCGCCGCCAUCGCUGCGGCCGCGCCCGCACACGCUAACGUGCUCUACCCUGCCUUACAGCGCCUUGUGAUCGACCGUGUGAGUUUGCGCGGCGAGUCGGUCGACGCACUCAGCGACGCACUGCGUAACAGGAGCGCGCUGGGCAUCAAGCUUGGCGAGGUGCGCCUACUCCGGGGCGAUAUCUCGCGCACCCGCGCAGCGGGGCUCGCGACCGUCGUCGACGCAGUUCUCUUACCACCGUCUGUGCUCGAGAGGCAUCGUGCUCGCGCAGAACGCGAGGAGGGCAAGGAGGAGGAAGAGGAGAAAGUUGCGAACGAUGACGACGAUGCCGGCUCUGUCGUUUCCAGCAUGCCGUCGCUAGAGACUGUAUCGGAUACGUCGUCCGAAGUGGAGGAGGACAUGUCAGAUUGGUCAGAGGAUAGUGGGAAUGAACUGGACAUGGACGAGUGGGCGGAGGAUGAGCAAAUCCAGGACGACGUGCAUGCUCAUAUGAUCAAUGUGCCGAUCCCUGGAGAUGAGGAGAUGGAGGCGUUGUUCGAUAUAGGUCCCAUGCCUGCCGCAGGAGGUGGCGCGGGCGGAGGCCAGGCGGCGGGUGGAGGUGUCGGUGCUGGCGGUGCUGCCGCCGCCGCUGCCGCUUUGCCCCCUGGUGCGGUGCAGCAGUUCCUCCAACAACUUCUGGGUCAGGCCCAAGCCGGCGCAGGCGGCGCGAUCUUCAACAUCGGCCCGCUUCCUGGCGGCGGGCAGCAACCGCCCGAUGACUUCGUCCCCGGUCCUGACGACUUCGAUCUUUGGUAG